UAUCAAACUUAUCACAAUGUUUAUGAGACAUUUUGCUCUGGUUCCAAGGAUUUCAACUGGCAUUUUGAAGUACCGGCCUAAAUUGAGGUUACAAAGUCAAGUUUAUUCAACGCCUUUGGUAGCUUUUCUGGGAAUGAACUUGCUGCGAAUGGUAACAACUUCUGGAAACAGCAUGGGGGAAGAAAGACCAAAAAGUUUUCCUGUCCAGUUCUCUAAAGAGGAGCUUAAAGAAAGACUGACUCCAGAACAAUACCAUGUUACUCAAGAAAGUGGCACAGAAAAGGCUUAUACUGGACAGUAUGAUAAAUUCAUGAAGGAAGGGGUGUAUAAUUGCGUUGUUUGUGGUGAAAAUCUUUUUGACUCAAGUACAAAGUUUGAUUCUGGCUGUGGAUGGCCAGCUUUCUUUGAUCUUUUGGACAAGGAGAAAAUCAAGUAUAUAAAAGAUACAUCUUAUGGAAGGAUUCGUACUGAAGUUGUGUGUGCCAAUUGCGGAGCCCAUCUUGGGCAUGUCUUUGAUGAUGGUCCUCGUCCUACGGGGCAGCGUUAUUGCAUCAAUUCAGCUUCACUGAAUUUUAAAGGAAAAGAUAAGAAAGAUGAACUUUGAAAAGGCUCAUUUUGAAAGGUAUCUGCCAGGAAAGCAGCUUAGUUUGGAUAGAAAUCCUUUUAGAAGAUCUCAUCAUAAUUUCAUUAUCAAUGUAUUUAUCCUUUUUUUUAUUUUCUUAUAAAAUAUUUUCAAUGAGA